AUGUAUCUACAAGAUGGUUGGAAGGAGUUUCUGAGAGAUAACUCAUUGGGUGACAAUGAGUUCUUGGUUUUCAGAUAUGAUGGGAAUUUGUGUUUCAAUGUGAAGAUCUUUGAUAAGAGUGGAUGUAAGAGGGCUGAUGUACCUGUUGCCGGAAAAAGGAGACGGGGCAGACCAAGGAAACCUCUGCAACUCCGUCCCUCGAAGCAUUCUGAAAUUGAUCAACACCUUCCAGAUUGCAAAUCGGAAAAUGCUGAAGAAAUGAAAGGGAAAGGCAUUGGAGUGAAAAUUGAAACAGGGGAAACGGAACUCCCCGUUGAAGCAAAGGAAGCCAAUUCAGGUAGUAAACGCAGGUUUGGAAGAAAGGGGUCUCUAAAUGAAGAAUCCAUUCCCAAGUCCUUCUCUAAAAAGCAUCUUCCUCAAUCCAAAUCGAAGAUUGUGCUGCAGAAUCCAGAGGGAAGAGCUUGGCUAGUGAACAUGGUUCCUCGUGCUUCUGGUCAUAGUUAUUCUUUUUCUGAAGGUUGGCGUGCUUUUGUAAGCGAUAACCUGCUCAAGUCAGGCGAUGGCUGCAUAUUCGGGCUGGUGGAUAGACAAGAAAUGAAGGUCCAUUUUUUCCGAUCAGAAUAG